AUGCAGCUACUAGCCGAGGUCUACCUGUCAAUGUUUUGAUUGUGAUACAUGUGUGGAUGAAGGCAAUGGAAGCUGUCAUGGAUUAUAUUCUGAAGACGUUGUGAUUUUGGAUUACUCUCUUAUCAAUGAUACGGUGUGGAGAUACAUCGAUAAUACGAAAGUGCAGUAAAUCUGCUUGAUUUCUGGCGUUCUCCCUGUGGCUCGCUUUGGAUCCAAAAUGGACGCACAACCAGAAAUAGAUCCGAACUUCGAGCCACAAACGAGAGCCAGGAGCAACACUUGGCCUUGCAGGCCACGUGAACCGAUUAACGAUACACAAAGUUCACCAGCAUCUGACGAAUGUGCGUCAGAAAAUGCAAUAAAACAGGAAAAUGUGACCUUAAACAAGAAGACAUCAUCUCGGCGUAAUGCGUGGGGAAAUCUCUCGUAUGCUGACCUAAUUACGAAAGCUAUACAAAGUUCGACUGAACAGCGACUUACACUGUCACAAAUUUACGACUGGAUGGUCCAAAAUGUACCAUACUUUAAAGAUAAAGGAGACAACACAAGUUCGGCAGGUUGGAAGAAUUCCAUACGACACAACUUGUCCUUGCACAGUCGGUUUAUGAGGAUUCAAAAUGAAGGCACAGGCAAGAGUUCAUGGUGGGUCAUCAAUCCUGAUGCCAAACCCGGUAAAACACCACGUAGACGUGCUGGUAGCAUGGAAACAAAAAGUUACGAGAAACGACGGGGACGAGUGAAGAAGAAAGUGGAAGCUUUACGUGCAGCUCUAGAGAAUAACAACAGUCCAUCGUCCACUACGGACGACUAUCUUACAGACUCUCCGCUGGGAUUCCAGCUCAGUCCAGAGUUCCGUCAGAGGACAAGUUCAAAUGCCAGUAGUUGUGGCCGCCUCUCCCCCAUACAGGCUGGAAUUGAGCCUGAUCUCCAUGACAACCAGGUACCACCUAUGUCACCUAUCCCAUGGGGAAGUGAGGAGGGUACUGUGCCUAGUUAUGACCAGCUUGGACAGUAUGAUCAGCUGGUAGACACUCUAGUUGACAGCAUGAAGCUGGGGGAGAGUGGCCUCAGUCUAAGUAUUGACAAUGGUGGAGGACUGGGGGGCCUGGAAGGUGAUAUAGAAAUGCUGACAGAGUCCAGUUUACAACAACAGCUCAUGCCUCCCAGUGACAAUAUAAAUCUGUCCCAGUAUAGUGAUCAAAGUGCCAACUAUGAUGAUGCUCAGUACAGGAACAUGCCUGCCCCACCCCCAUACAGGGACGCCAUGCGCCGCAGCCCCCAACAGCAGGGUGUGGACCAGCUCCCACAAAAUGGCAACUUUUCAGAUCUGGGUAUUUCCCAGCAGAAUACCCUCAGGAUGUAUGGACAGACAACAGAUACAGGUCUGUUUACAGGUGACAUGUUGCUGCAACAGGCCCGUAUUAGCCCCAGCUCCAGUCAGCUCAGUGUAAACACUCAACAGCAACAGUUGUCCUCCCCUGCCAGAUCUCCUCAAGGUUGCCAGCAGAUCAGCCCCUCCCAGUUUGAUAGUCGGGUGGGGUUCUCUCCUUCCCCUCAAGGCAAGCAACUUUCCCCUCAGCUCACCAGUCGCCAGCAGCACUCAAUCCUGCAGCAAUGUCUGGAGGCGCCUUCAGACUCACUGUUGAGGGCAGCCCUCACACAAAACUCUGGUCUGACUCAGCAGAAAACACUCCCCUACCCACAGAUGUCCAUGUCCUCUGCACCCUCCACACAGCCACAGUACAAUGUUCGUUAUGGUAACACACAGCUCAAUAUGAGGCCACAACAACCUGCUCCGGGUCUUAAUGGAAUCAACAAUAAUGUUGCCUCCACAAUGCACCAACAACAACAACAAACACAACAGCAGCAGCAGCAAAUGGGUCAUGGUCUGUUGGGUAAUAUUGGGAGUGUUCCUCGUCAGUCUUCUGACAGUCCUCAACUUGUGCUUUCCUCAUCCAACAGACAGAACAUAUCACCUCAGGAUCAGGGGUUGGGUAAUAUGCCUCCCACUGCUCCCAGCUCAAAUUCUCUUAAUGAAAUUGAUGCUGAUUUCUUUGAUUUGGGAUGUGACAUGGAACAGGUGCUCCAACAUGAACUCAGUCUUGAAGGCAAUUUAGAUUUCAACUUUGAUACAGUAAAUAACAGCUCCUCAACGUCUUCUGGAACAGACACUCAGAAUUUGGUACGAUAAUGAUGGUUGAUGUUUAGAACUUCUAUAAUUAGUGGUUCGUCAAUUGAGGGCCAAAGAAGUCCAUACACACCUUUGUAUGUGAUAAUGGCUCUCUCCUGGCGGGUCUCAAGUGUUGUGCUUUAGGACUCUGUACCAAGGGAGCCUUACUGUGUGAAACUCCCCAAGCGGGCCAGUCCUAUUAUUGGUUGGGCUAUUCUGCCGUAAUCAACCGACAAAUCUGUCUUAGUUCAGCCUUUGCCUAAGCUGGAAGUACUAUGUAGUACUCCAUGCAACAAAUAGAAUGAGUGUACAUAUACAUACAAAGAAGGGCUGAAUUAACAUGUUUCACUAUAUACAAUUGUGUUGUAUGGAGGAAAAACAAAGUGACCUCAUCAACAUUUUGAUCGCCAACAGUUGUCUCCCCUGCAAUCCACGAAGACAAUAUCAGUGUUAGGAGGAUGUGUUACAUUGAAAAAAAUGGGGUGUUGUGAAGAGGGGUGCUUAUUGUCAAUACAUACUGUAUGAUAUAGUAUGUCAGUGUAAGUCUAGAACUGCACUCCCUUAUUGGAAUUGCUGCAUUGUAAGAAUUUAAGCUCUGGUAUGAACCCAAAUUUGUGUGUUACAUAAUGUAAUAUAUCAUAUAUAUUUUCUCUUGCAUAUGGAAAAAUACAUGAUUACAAUUAAAUACACACUUCCAUUGCAUUUUAAUUUAUUGACCUAUGCUCCAACAGUGUAAUGUUAUACUGUUUUAUAGCCAUCAGACAUUUGGGUGUCUUAAAUUUUCAUUAAAUUAUGUUGUUCAACGAAGUAGAUUUAUUUUUAAGUUGUAGACUAAGACUACCAUAUCAUGUAAACUCUGUAAAUAAGUAUACAUGUAUGGUGUUUAUCAAUGCAGCACAGCCAGAACAUAUAUGUCUAAUAAGGUCUUUACCUCCAGUAUUUUUGAGGUUGCAGCAUAGAUCUUUGUUUCUGUGAAAAAGUUGCAAUAAAACUUUAGGCUCCAACACAGGGAGUCAGAGUCUUACCUUCAAAAUUUACAUAUUUCUUGGCUUCAACACACAGUCUUGGUUUCAACUUUUACUAUAGUCACAGUACAUUCAAUGUAAAGACAAUUUUCACCUCUUAAUGCCAAGUACAUAUCAUCCCCAGGGACGGGUAAAACAGCACUAUCACAUAUACCAGUACAUGUCGCCCCUGGGGAGGGUAGAAUGACCUUAUCACAGUCUGGUACAUGUCACCCUGUCGCCCUCCGGGGAGGGUAGAACAACACUAUCACAGACUGGUACAUGUCAUCCUGUCGCCCUCCGGGAAGGGUAGAACAACACUAUCACAGACUGUUACUUGUCACCCCUGGGGGAGGGUAGAAAAACAACAUCACAGACGGUUACGUGUCACCCCUGGGGAGGGUAGAACAACACUAUCACAGACUGUUACAUGUCACCCUGGGGGAGGAUAAAACAACAUUAUCACAGACCGUUACGUGUCGCCCCGGGGGAGGGUAAAACAACACUAUCACAGACUGCUACGUGUCGCCCCGGGGGAGGGUAAAACAACAUUAUCACAGACCUGUACGUGUCGCCCCGGGGGAGGGUAAAACAACACUAUCACAGACUGCUACGUGUCGCCCCGGGGGAGGGUAAAACAACACUAUCACAGACUGUUACUUGUCGCCCCGGGGGAGGGUAAAACAACACUAUCACAGACUGUUUCGUGUCACCACGGGGGAGGGUAACACAACAUUAUCACAGACCUGUACGUGUCGCCCCGGGGGAGGGUAGAACAACACUGACAUUACAAUGCUAUAACACUGGUUCACCUGCAGUUCUUUAUCAAAUAUGUUUGCAUAACAUGUGGCUUUCAAGAAAAGUAUCAAUUUCAAAACUUAUUUUUUACAUCUAGCAAUCAUCUUCAUCGAAAUUGACUGCUUGAGUGUAUUUUGUGUACAUGUGAAAUGUGUUCACAUUUUUUAGAUCAUGCUUAUAAAAGUAUGUUAAGUUGUAUUUUGUCAGAUUCAUAUUAAAGUUUUCAUAAUACUUGUAGAUAUAAAUAAAUAUAUAUAUAUGUAUACAACUAACAUAAUUAUGACAGUUAAGUGAUGUUAGCAAUUGUAUCUUGUCUCAGAUUUCGUGCUAGGUGUGUGUGAUGUGUGCUUGCGAAGUGCUCGAGUUUAAACUUAUAAAUGUAACACAUUUUAACUACCUGAAAAAGAUAAGAAGGCAGUAAGAAUUGAUGAACCAGGCAGGGUUUGCUUUGAAUUAUAUUGGGUCAUUUUGUUACUUAAAAAUUAUUUUGAAUUUCAUUGCAAUAGAUAUUAGUGAAUCUGAUCAUGAAGGUUAUAGCAUGUCCAGUAAUCUAUAACAUAUCCUGUACCUGUAGUAGGGGUUAGAGAUAUCACUUGAUUAUACUUUAAGGACUAGAAAGAUCACUAAGCAUUACUUUUAUCAAUGGCCUUCAUUUUUCCAAAUAUCAAUAAAGGUAUUUUCUUUACAAAUUUUAAUUUCUGCAGACUUAAUGAUUUGGUUUGAAGAGCAAUUUUUCCUCUUUUGAUGUUUGAAUAUUAUAUGCCAUGGAAGACAAAAUCAACUACUACACUAAGGGUUAACAUAGGAUGAGUUCUCUGGAGACAAAGAGACUGCAUGCAGCCAAUACCACUGGUAUGGCUAUAUGGCAGGGUCAAAGUUCACACCAGCUGGUUAGCUGCUCUAGUUAGUGGUUUUACAUAGGCCCUAUUGUCUGCUUCUCAAGCAACAUGUUACUAUUUAUAAGUCAUCAAUACUAAAUGCUGCAUACAAAACUAGCUGUAAGUAUAUUUACAUGACAAUAGACAUGGUAGUAGUCUGUGGUGUCUAUAUAUAAAAUCCUAUUGAUUUUUUCUGCUAUGGGUAUAGCUAGGCCUGUCUGAGGUCACUUUAUCAAUGUACUUUGAAAUGUUCCAUCAUUUCUCAGUAUGUACAUUUUAUUGAAAAAAAAACCCAGAUGUAGGCAUGUUUUUAUAAGGUUAAUCAUAAAACAACUUACUUUCUGAUAUUUCUAUUACCACGUAAUGUAUUUAAACUGUAUUAGACCUAAUAAGUGCCCCCCACUUUUUUCAGUGGGCACUAAACCUGUUACUAAGGAUGGGAGAUACAUAAAACGUUUCUUACCUCAAGACUUCUGUUUUGUCAAUUUUUGCUACAUAAAGGUAUGAAAAUGAAAAAAAAAAGUAAUUUUUCCACCCAGAUUUCACAUGGAAACAUUUUCCAGUAUAUGAUUUUAUUAAGCAUAUCAUUUUUGUGUUUUUUUAAGCACACUAGUACACCUUUUAGGUCAAAUAUGGCUUAUAUAUAUACUGAACGAAACUGGAAAAGACCAUUUUUAAUUUCUUUUUUAUUCUACUGCAGUUUUAUUGACAUUGGCUCAGGCAGUAGCUACUAGGUAGUUAUACUCUUUACUAUCCUAGUGUGGUUCAGACAAUAUUUCUUGGUUUCCAGAAGGCUUGAUGUUACUAUGUUAUAUUCUCUGCUAUCCUUGGGUGGUGCAGUCUACUGUCUUGAAUGGUAGGGCUACACAUGCCCCUACCAGAUCGGGGACUUGGCCUGCCCCUGCCUGACUUAAAAAGGGGUCUGCGCUAGCACUGCCCUCUAUCCAACUGAGGAAUAGAGCUGCCCUCCCCUACCAGACUUCAGGACAGUGCUGCCCCCUGUCUGAGUGACUGGCAGAGAGCAAUGAUACAGGUGUCCUUUCCACACUGCCAUUGAUUUUUCUGAGUAAGUGGAAUUCAUUAAUGUGUGGUGCUGACCUAUAAAGGCUAGCCUGCUGCAGAUGCUGGCAAUGUGCAGGUCACCCAGGGAUUCUUAGUAUUGAUCAGACUAGCCACAGGCAGUUGUCCAUGUAGGGUUCUCCUAAAACUAGUGUUGUAAGCUAAUCACAUCUCCAAAUACUAAUGUAUAUAGGGAGGCUAAAACAGCUUAAGUAGACCCAUCUAAUCACCAAGGUUCUCCUUUCACCACAGUCGAUCUAAGAGCACUUGUGUAGUGUUUCACUUUAAUCGGUAUAAAUUCUUCUGUUAACCUGAAUACUAGUAUAUGGUAGUGUGAUAUUGUCAACAGUCAGUACCGCUGUGCCUUUAUGGGUUAUCUCAGUAAUAGUACCUAAAUACACCCAACUAGUACUGUAAUGUGACACACAAACAACGGACUUUGGUUGUAACCAGUAUAUAUUAACCUUCUGUAUAUGGUCCAGUCACUGCUGACCCGUAAUUACAAUGUAAUAACGGGUGUGUCAAUGGUUAUCACUGCUAUAGGUCAUUGUGUCAGAUUGGUAGGCUCCUUAAAUGGAAUGGUUUGGAUGAAAUGAAUUACUAGACUAAGAAAGUAAAAAUUGUCAAAUGUGUUAUGGGUUCAGUAUUAUUUAAGAUCUAAAAUAGCCAUGCAGAAGUUUUCUGCAAGGUCUUUAUGCAGCAAACGCUUGUCAUUUUCCUGAUUAGGUGUACUUUCAAGGAAGGCAAAGAAUGUAAAUCAGUUGGCUGUGUUUUGAUUCCAUUUGUAUGGCUAAGAAGCAGCUGACUGGUUCAAUUUCAUUUGUAUGGCUAAAAACCGGCUGACUGUGGUUCGAUUUCAUUUGUAUGGCUAAGAACCGACUAACUGUGGUUUGAUUUCAUUUGUAUGGCUUAGAACCAGUUGACUGUGGUUUGAUUUCAUUUGUAUGGCUAAGAACCAGCUGACUUGUUUGUUUUUAUUUGUAUGGCUAAGAACCGGCUGACUGUGGUUUGAUUUUGUUUGUAUGGCUAAGAACCAGCUGACUGGUUUGAUUUCAUUUGUAUGGCUAAGAACCACCCAACGGCUAAUGAUAGAUAUUAACAUGUGUUGUGUAGAACUGUAAUUGCUUUAGAGAGCAACAUAGAGGAAGUGCUGAAGCAGUAGCUGGCUGAAGGGAAGCAGGUUCACUUCUAGAUAAUUGUCCAUAAUUCAGAAAUUAUAGCAUACUUCCUAUAGGUAGGGCAUUUGGGGACUCAUUUCUACACCAAACUGAAAAGUUGAUGUUUCCUGGUAAUAUAUACAAAGCUGGCAACUGCGACAAGAUCUUCACUUUAAACACAACCAAACACUUAGCUCAUACUAUUUCCUUUCAUGGACUAUUGGUAAUGUUUUGUUCAAUAUCGGCUGAAAAGUAUUUUUUUUUUGCAGUGAUGAGAAAAAGUUAAAAUUUAUACCAAAUUUGUUUUCUAUGCCCCACAAAGCUGACCAGUUUGAAAUGUGUAACAGAAUGUUUUAUUAUACACUUAGGGCCUAGGGCAGUACAGGUUAGGGUGAACACCAAACCAAAUCAUUUUCUCUUUAUAAGUAAAAACAGGUACAUAUCACACUUGAUAAGGAAAUGCAUACAAUUGGUUUAAAUUGUCUUGAAUUAAACCAGAUAUUGAACAAUUUUACAACUGAGGCAUAUGGAUAAGUAGAUCUAGAGGUCGGCUGUGUGUGUUGAAGUGGUAACAUGGUGUACUUAUUACCUAGAAAACUGGUGGUGUUAAGAAGAACCGUCAGAUUAAGGGUGGUUUCAUGUAAAUCUUAAAAUCCUGUACAAGCUAGCAGUUUUACUUACCAUUGUAACAAAUUAGUUUCUUUAUAUCCAUGUACCAUGUAGAUAGUACCAAAUCCAUGGAGUAAUAAAUAACAUUUUCCUUUUUUUUCACAUGGAAAUGUUUUUCAUAUGAGCUCAUUUUGGAUGAUAAGAUUUGUGUGAUUUUUUGUUUGUUGAACUGCUAACACCAGGCCUGCCAUAGGUUUGUUCUGUUGAUGUAUAUAGGUCAUUAUCAUGAAAAUUCGGCAGCUAUGUGAAAUUACAUGACAGUUUGUGUUUUAUUUGGGUGAAACAUUUUACAUUCAGAUCAUGUGAAACCAGUAAGAUGCACACUUAAAUAUGGUGACCUGGUUGACUAGAUUUAGAUUUACCAUGAAGGAAAAAUGGUUAAGCUGUUACUUGAAGCUGAAAAUUUCAUAUUGAGCUUUAUUUGAAAAUAUCAGAUCUAAUCUUUGUUACAUUAAAUAUGUUUCACUCUAUGGAUGGUUACUUUAAAUUCAAAUUACAUGUUUCCUAUACCCAAGAUGUUGUGGAGAUGUUCAAUGGUGAUUUUCUGAGCACAAAUUUGUUCUGUACUGUAUGGGUAGAAAAGACAAUAAUUCGUGAAUGGCAAAAGCAGAAGUGUACUUCAUCAUUGAGCUUGGCAUUCUUGAAUAUAUAAAACACAAGGGCUUCAAUGGCUCAGUAUUCUACAUGUAUCUCCAAGGUCUGUCUCUAUGAUAUGAAAAUAGACUGUGGGGUUAGUAUUCUGUACCAUUCCUCUGUGGCCUACGUUAGAUGAAAAUAUUUGCACCUGCAGACUGGGAGGAGUUCAUUCGGGGAGAUACCAGUCAUAGUGGCAUCUAUUUACUGGUUAUGUAGGAUUUACAUAGUAAUAAUGUGCCGUGUCCAGUGUCCUGGUUAAUGGUAGAUGCCAACACUAAAUAUUCAGGGAUCCUCAUACCAAACGGUUGUCAUUCAUUUUGCAUGAAAUAUAUUAUGAAUUUAUCGUAUAAGAGGUAUGUAAUGUAUUGGAGUGCUCCGGAUGUGAUUGUUGUAGUAUGGUCAGUAUGUAUUUGUAAUUACUGUUGGGGAGAUGCAAGGCUAAACUUUAUUUAUUUAUACAACAUCAAAUGGAGAAAUCAUACAAAAAUUGGCUGUGCAAGCUGAAGAAGAACUACAACAUUUGAAUACCAGUGAAUUAAGUGACUAGUACUGUAUAGGUACUGGUAUGUAUUUCCUGAGGAAUUAUUUCCCUACAUUUGUUUUGAUAUACAAUCGUAUCAAUCAAAGACUACCUUUGUCUGUUAAACUAUGUUUUUGGGAUUUUUUUGUGCUUGUAGAUAGUAUGAGGAAUUUUAUAUAUAGUCUUCAUUUGUUAUCAGCCUGUACAUUUCAUUGUUUUGCUCAAACAAUCUCAUAUAUAAAUGUGGCUUGCUAUAGAAAUACAAAAUUGUUAAAUAUUUUAGUUUGUUGAAUUUAGUGUUUUUCAUAGAGCUAUAUCUUAAGUGUUAUACUUGUAUGAAAGAUAUGUUAAACUCCCUUUACUUAUAUUUGUGAGUUUGUCAACUCCCUAAACUACUUAGGGUAGCCGUGUGUGUAUACAUUGUUUGUGUGAGAGAUUGUUAAGACUCUAUCUGUUUUAUAGGAAUUGCAUAAAUAUAUUUUGGGGUAUUGCCUUUGUUACUUAUUUCUCUUGCCCUGUACUGGUGUAUUAAUCCAGCAUGAGGUAUCCUUGUCAUACUCAAAGAUGAGGAGAUUUCCCAUAACGUUACAGCAGCACAGCAUGUACACUUUGAUGACAGGGCCAGCAGGGUAAGAGAAAAUCAUUCCCCUCCUUGGGGAUGAGAAUAGGGAUCUCUGCAAUCCUUGAGGGAAAGCAAGAGCCGCCAGCUUUGUGUUGGGACAACAUACCUACCAAAGGGUUGACAUCCCCCAUUCUCAUCACCAGCCGGGUCAAGAUUCUAUUGGUCAUUUUUUUCAUUGUUAUGUUUAGUGGUCAUUUAUUUUCACUCCACUUUUGACCUCUGGCGGCUGUGUUUUAACAGCUGACGAAAGGAAGUAUUAGGCAUAUUCUGUUAAAAUUGUUUGUUGUAUUCGAAGAAAUGGCAUAUAUGUUGCAUCAGAUUUCUGUUGUAAGUAUUUCGUUGAUAUUGACCAGGCUUAACUUUUGUCAUUACUAUCAGGGGCCGUUGGUACAGCCAGAGGUCUAUUGCCUUGCUCGGUAAAACAUGUUAGAGGUUCAUAACCUUACAUGUCUGCUAGAUGUACAUAUCUUGCAUGACUGCACAUGCUAGAGGUGCAUAUCUUACAUGAUUGCACAUGCUAGAGGUGCAUAUCUUGCAUGACUGCACAUGCUAGAGGUGCAUAUCUUACAUGAUUGCACAUGCUAGAGGUGCAUAUCUUGCAUGAUUGCACAUGCUAGAGGUGCAUAUCUUGCAUGAUUGCACAUGCUAGAGGUGCAUAUCUUGCAUGACUGCACAUGCUAGAGGUGCAUAUCUUGCAUGACUGCACAUGCUAGAGGUACAUAUCUUGCAUGACUGCACAUGCUAGAGGUGCAUAUCUUGCAUGACUGCACAUACUAGAGGUGCAUAUCUUACAUGAUUGCACAUGCUAGAGGUGCAUAUCUUGCAUGAUUGCACAUGCUAGAGGUGCAUAUCUUGCAUGAUUGCACAUGCUAGAGGUGCAUAUCUUGCAUGACUGCACAUGCUAGAGGUACAUAUCUUGCAUGAUUGCACAUGCUAGCGGUUCAUAUCUUGCAUGACUGCACAUGUUUGAUGUAUAUAGCCUUGCAUACCUACACAGCGCACAUGUCCAUAGCCUCACAUGUCUUCACACAUCACAGGUUCAUUGGCCUGCAUGGCUACACUUGUCAGAGGUGCAUACACAUCACAGGUUCACUGCCUGUUUGGCUCUUAUUAACUACACAAUCAUUAUUUCAUUACUGUCUAUCACUGUUGUAAGGAAUGAGCUGAACAUAAUUGUUACUUGAAGAAAAAUCAAAUGUUAUCUUUGUUAUAUAAGCCAAGUGAUAGAAAUUGUGAGUGUGACUGCACCUGUUGAUGUGAUUGUGUGAGGCAUGUUGUGUCAGUAAUCCCUGACUGGGGGCUGAUGGUGUACAGGAGGUUUGAAUGGAGAAUGUUGUGUCAGUAAUCCCUGACUGGGGGCUGAUGGUGUACAGGAGGUUUGAAUGGAGAAUGUUGUGUCAGUAAUCCCUGACUGGGGGCUGAUGGUGUACAGGAGGUUUGAAUGGAGAAUGUUGUGUCAGUAAUCCCUGACUGGGGGCUGAUGGUGUACAGGAGGUUUGAAUGGAGAAUGUUGUGGCAGUGCUUUGAGAGUAUGUUGAGGGUAAGAUAGUCCUUAACUAAAGUGAACCAUCUAGUCAAAUGUUGCUGGAUUGGCUGGACAACUUUUCUUUGGCUGAAUCAGUAGAACACUUGACAGUAAUAGAUCUGGGUUAAAAUAUGAUUGCUGUUAUUACAGGGUAUGGGCUUGUUACCUUAUAAUUAUAUUAUUCUGAAAUGAUCAUAACUUGAUUGAAAAUAAUUGGGUAGGACAUGAGAUGGUGUUAGAUUUUUUUUUAUCAUAAAAAACACUCACUUGAAAGUUAUUUAUAAGGGGCAUUUGAGCGAAUAUGUAAAACUGCAAUAUUUUAGAUAAAUAUAAUUAUGUUUGAAAAAAGUGCUGGUUCAAAUGUAAGUUCAAAUUAUGAAUCAAUUAAGUAUGCUUCAUUGGGUAAGCUGUUAGUCACUAGCUUCUCUGGAGAACAAAAAUGUGAUAGAUGUGCAGUAGUAUUUAAAUAUUUCUUGGCAUUGUAAGUGAAAAGUAUUUUGAACAAAAAGGAAAUAUUCUGUUUACUGUAUUAUAUAUUUCUGAUAAUUGUGAUUUCUAGGUGAAACACAUGUUUAUUGAUUUCUUAACUUAGAAAGAAAAUCUUAGUUGUAUUGUACAAAUUUGAAUUAUUUUUCUUGCAUCAACUUAGGAAAAUAUUCAAACAACAUAAUUAUGAAAUCUUGACAGAAUGGAAGCAUUGAUGAUCAACUUUGUGUAUGUACAAUGGCUGUGAGGGGUGUGCUAUUGACUGGUAUAGGGCUCUGUUAAACACCUCAGGAAUAGAAAUUUCCUGGGCUGGUCUUCAUACACAAUCAGUAAUUCUUUGCCUUGACUGAGAAGUUAAAAAUCAAACAUUUUACAAGCAAAACAAUUAUUUUGAAUUAAGUAUGCAUGCAAUAUAUUCUUUGAACCUCUCUUUUUGUGUCUUCUUCGAGCACAUAAACAAGAGGACAAAUUAAAUUCAGAGCUUGAAAUUUAUGUGUAAGGUGCACUUUCUAAAUAAAAUUAAAUUCCAAUCAUGGCAGAAAUGUAUGCUAUUAAAAAUAAUUCAUAGUUAAAAGCAUUUAGAAGAAAUGUGUGCUACACAAUGUUUAUUAGGUGAAAUUUAUGUACAAUUGUAUGUGUCAUAGUGCUGUACAUAUUAACAUCAUUUACUACACGGGUCAAAACACCUUGUAAAAUUUCAUUGCUUUUUAUUCAUCCUUAUAUUGUGUUCUUGUUUGUGACAUUAGGCAGCAAUCUUUCUUUAUAUUUUACAAAUUUGGAGGCCCCAAAUCUGGACAACAUUCAUCUGGAGGUACUUUAAUUACAUUUGAGGGCCCCAAGUCUGGCUUCCAUGAAAUAGUAUUGAAACAUAAUAUUCCAUAAAAUGGUAUUGAAACAUAUUACAUCAGGAGUGUUGAGAUGUUUCCAUAAUUUUAACUAAAUUCUGUUUCGCUUUUUAUGAUUUGAAAGUUUUUUUUUAUUAAGAAUGGAGAGUACAGUUUUGUACACAAUAGUUGUAAUGUAGGUUCAUUGACACAUUCAGUCAAUGCAGUGUUUUAUUUUUGUAAUAUAAAUUUUUGUUUUAUUUUUAAUCAAAGGCUAUUGACCUUUCAAAAAAUUAAUGUAAAUUUUAGAUUUGUUUUACAAUGUGACUAUGAGGGAGCGAUUGUGAAUAUUUGGGUGAGAGUGUUUGUGUGCUUUCAUUGAACUAUUUUAUAUACCAUUGUGAUAAGCAUCGUUAAAAAUUGAAUAAUUUCUUGCUCAAAUCAGAGCAUUGGCCCCAUGUUUAGGAUGUGGUAAUGUUGAGUGUUAUACUGUGAGUUUAAAACCCAGUUUGUGUGGCAUCUUGCACACUUUGUUAAUGCGUCUGUUAUUGUAAUGUCAUUUGGUCAGUAAUACACCCAGCAUACAUCAGCUCUGUCUACAAACAUAAUGGAGAUCAUUUUAGUCAGCCAUUAAAAAAGAUAAAAAUUGCAUUCUUAUAAAAAGGAAAAAAAUGAUUCUGUGAAGAAAUUCUUACUUGGAAAAUUAAUAAUUUAAACUAUCCAAAUCUUUAAUCCUAGUACCAGGACAUUGAACAUAAUUAAGGUUAACGCCAUUAUAAAGGUAAUUCCUAGAUAACAAGAGCUAGAUGACAAAGCUGGAAUUAAGAAUAGAGGUGUAUGUAUGGUUUAUGUGUUACUGCGUGUAUCAGAUUUAUAUAGAUAUAUCAUAUACAUACUACAAGCUAUAUGGUCAGCUUCCCCAGCUUGUUUGUUGGUCAAAGCCUUUCAAGUUGACUGUUGUGUUGAUUGAUUCAGCUGUACAGUACUGAGGUAUUGUGUAUAUUUUGAAGAGCUGAUAAAUUCUAUUCAUUGUUACUUUAUUUAGUGUAUAUGUGGAAUCACAUUAUCAUCCAUGUCAUCUGAAUGUCCAGUCACUGAUUCUGCAUGUGUCGUCCUGUAUUGUAGUGAUGAAGACACUAGAUAAACUGUUUGUGGGGCUGCUAUACAGAGUCCCGUCCACGUGCUCUUACAAACUUGUACAGAGAUGAUAUAUAUAUAUAUAUAAUGCUAUAUCAGUGUAAAGAAUUUUACAGGAAUUCAUGUGGAAUAAAUAGAUGAAAGUCAA